AUGCAAAGUGACACGUGGAGCCUCAUCUAUGCAUAUGGGGAGACUGAUCCGGAGAUGGAAGAUCCCUUCUAUCAUGGGCGGGACAAUCGCGGAGUGAAAUCUGUCAAUCUGCUUGAUCCACAGAUCGGGGAUAUACCAGAUGAGCCUGGCGUGAAAGAAUGGGAAUUGAGAAAUGACAUCAUCAUCCCUCCCAUUCAUACCACCUAUUGGUGCAGUGUAUUCAAAGCUCCCCCGGUCGACGUCAAGCAUCACAUAAUCGGGUACCAACCGUGGGUAACGGAAGGGAAUGAAGAGUACGUCCACCAUUUCGUAGUAACUACGUGCACGGAGAACGAGGACGAAACUGCUGGCUUCGAGCAGUUUUUGGAAGAAUAUCCCCAGGGUUCAUCUUGUUUCGAUGCCAACAUGAAUAGCCUCAUCAGCAACUGCCAAAGUGUCCUCAUGGCAUGGGCUGUCGGUGGAGUGGGAGAAAAUUAUCCAGAGCAGACAGGUUUCCCCCUUAAAGCAGCCUCGGAGGGAGCAACAUAUUACCUAUUGCACCACGUAAUGCUGUUGGGGUACGAGCAGCUGCCCUAG